GCCGCCUGUUUCUCCAUCCUUCCUCUACGCUAACCCUAGCACAAGAGAGGCGCCGCGAUUUUUCUCCUUCCUCCCUCUCCUCGUGUCGCGCCUCUCCUCCCUCUCCAAAUCCCCUCCUCUCUCGCCGAAGCUCAUCGCGAAGCAGAGCCGCCCUCCUCUCCUCGUCGCGAAGCAGAGCCGCCUCCCUCUCUCGCCGAAGCUCGUCGCGAAGCAGAGCUCCUCUCCUCGUCGCGAAGCAGAGCCGCCCUCCUCUCCUCGUCGCGAAGCAGAGCAGCCCUCCUCUCCUCGUCGCGUUCCUCUCUCGCCGCGAGACCCCUCAUCGCCUUCUGAUCUUCUUCGACACUAGGGCAUUUCUCUCCGCCGAACUAGGCCAUAUGAUCUUCUGUAUCUUGAAAUUCUACAUCUUUUUGGUGAUUCUAGCUCGUGCGCUUUUUCAAUACACAAUCUUCUUGAAGCUGGGAAGGCUUUAUGGUUUGGUUGCUGGGUCCUGAUUGGGUCCUUAUGCUAUGUGUCGAACAUGGGAAACGAUUAUCGGGCAACAAGAUUGGGCACCUAUACUACUUCUGGUGCCUUUGGUUCUUGGUUUAGAAAAAAUCAACCCCAGGAAUAUUCCUUUGCUGUAGGGAACGUUUGCAUUUCCACAAUGCCUCGGCAUCUUAGGUGGUAAACCUGGUGCCUCAACCUAUAUUGUUGGUGUGCAAGAUGAGAAGGCACUCUACUUGGACCCUCAUGAAGUUCAGUUGAAAACUCACAUGGACGCUACGGCUCUCGGGCAUCUCCCGACUGUGAUCCAUGGCGGAUUCCAGCGUCUUCUCUCCUCCUCUGCUACCCAUUCUCCCGACUGCAUUCCCUCCUUCAAUUCCCGGUUCACCAAAUGUUCCUCUGGCAUUCGAUGCCAAUCAUGUAGUAUGGAGAAAUCAAAGACGUCAAAGAAAAAUCUGCUUGACAAUGCAAGCAACCUUCUUACUAAUUUGCUAAGUGGGGGUCGCCUUGGAUCGUUGCCCACCGCUGAAGGUGCUGUCUUGGAUUUGUUUGGUCGGCCACUUUUUUUUUCGCUGUAUGAUUGGUUUCUCGAGAUGAUGUUGAGAAACUUCAGCAAAGAGAUUACUCAUCUCACAAGGACGCCAGUUUGUUGCGCUUUCUCAUGUGGCAAGAGAAAGCGCUUUCUCGUUGAUAUGCGGGGUGUCGAUGUUGAUGAUUGCCAGCUAAGGGAUGAUCUCAUGACAAUGCUUAUUGCGGGACAUGAAACAACUGCUGCUGUUCUUACAUGGUCAGUGUUUCUACUUGCUCAGAACCCAUCAAAGAUGAAAAAGGCCCAGAUGGAGGUAGAUUCUGUUCUCGAUGGAAAGAAAAUAACCCUUGAAUGUCUGAAAAAAAUGGAAUACCUGCGUCUUAUCAUUGUUGAAGCUCUUCGUUUGUAUCCUCAGCCUCCAUUACUUAUUAGACGAGCUCUCAAAGAAGAUAAACUUCCAGGAGGUUAUAUGGGUAAUGAAGAUGGAUACGCAAUUCCUGCAGGGACCGAUAUUUUUAUUUCUGUAUACAAUCUCCACAGAUCACCAUAUUUCUGGGACAAGCCAGCUGAGUUUGAGCCAGAAAGAUUUUUAACUCCAAAAGCAAAUGAAGGCAUUGCCGGAUGGGCAGGCUACGAUCCAAGUCGCAGCCCUGGAGCGAUGUACCCAAACGAGAUAACUUCUGAUUUCGCCUUCAUACCAUUCGGUGGAGGGCCGCAUAAGUGUGUCGGCGACCAGUUUGCACUAUUGGAAUCGACUAUUGCUUUGGCUUUGUUGCUUCAGAAGUUCGAUGUCCAACUGAGGGGGUCACCUGAUGAAGUACAGUUAAUCACUGGCGCAACUAUACAUACAAAAAGUGGCCUCUGGUGCAAGCUGAGGAGGAGGGCUUCAGUAGGAGCUAAGCAAAACCAACUUGUCGAAGUAUAAAUGUAUAAAAAUUAACAAACCAAAGAGAUCUUUAUGUAGUGUCUUAUGAUCCGUGUAGACUAAAUUAAUGUUGUAACCUUCCUAAAUAGUCGUCAUAAGAAUUGGACAUUAAGUCUUGACAUUACAGCUUUCUUCUUCCUUCAUGGUAAUAUUUUUUUUUUAUUUCCAA